UGCCUGCUAUAACAAACCUGAAGGCCCUCACGACCAUGCCUCAUGCGUUACCAAAAAAUAAUCCAGAAAAUAGGUUAGGAAAGCUGCCUCUCUUAGAGGGAAAGCACAAGGCAUCUUGUACUCUCAAGUCUGCUAAGCAAAAUAUUUCACAAACAUCUACCAUGAUGACAACAGAUGCUAGAAUGACGUAG